AUGGCGCGGUCUCAAACUGCCGCCAAACAAAAGACACUUUUUGCACAUCGAACUGUACCGCUGCAGAUUCGCUUGGUCGUUGGCGAGACAGAUGCGGCCGCUUCCACAAAUACGGCUGCUGUAGCUCACCUUCAUGCAGAGGCGCGAUCAACAGUCCUCUGGCACACUCUCGCGACGCUUCCUGCGUCUGCACGGUCUCGAUCCGAGAUGCGGCAGCUGAUUCGAGUUUACCGGCGAGUCGCACGCUCAUUGUCUGGUCGCUUUCGAACUCCUUCACGGCAUGUGCGUGUUGGCAGAAGCGUGGUGUACAAUCAUUGCCUCCGCAACACUGCAGCUUCUCGGUUGGCAACAUCCGACGAUGCGCAGCUACCUUUGACGGGCGAUGUCAUACAUGGAUGUACACAUAGUCGAGACGCUCUUUCACGUUCGGGCCGCGAGCUGUGCAUCACCGAUUCGGGUGUGCCCGAUUUGAACACCCGCGAUCCGAACAUCGAGCAACUUCCACUUCGAAAAAUCCACAUUUUUGACUUUGCCUUGAAUUUUUUCCGAAGAAUAGGAAGAACGAGGAGAUAA